AUGGGUCGUAUGCACAGUAAAGGUAAAGGAAUUUCCUCUUCCGCCAUUCCAUAUUCGAGAAAUGUUCCUUCAUGGUUCAAGUCCUCUCCAGAGGCCGUUGUUGAGCAGAUCAUCAAGUACGCCAGAAAGGGUAUGACUCCUUCUCAAAUCGGUGUUGUCUUGAGAGAUGCACACGGUGUCAACCAGGCCAAGGUUGUUACUGGUAACAAGAUUCUCAGAAUCUUGAAGUCCAACGGUUUGGCUCCAGAGCUUCCUGAAGAUUUGUACUUCUUGAUUAAGAAGGCUGUCAACGUUAGAAAGCACUUGGAAAGAAAUAGAAAGGACAAGGAUGCCAAAUUCAGAUUGAUUUUGAUUGAAUCUAGAAUUCACAGAUUGGCCAGAUACUACAGAUCUACCUCUGUUUUACCUCCAACCUGGAAGUACGAGUCUGCCACUGCUUCUGCUUUGGUUAACUAA